AUGUUAAUUUAUCUUUCUUCACAUUCCUUUCUUCUCUUUUUUUUUAAUUUAUUUCUUGCUUCUACACAUUUCCCUGCCGUUCAGUUUCCACCCUUCUUUCUUUCUUUUUCACCCUCUUUCUUCCUCUCCUUUUUUUCUCCCCCUUUCUUUCCCGUCCUUUUCUCUCCCCCUUUCUUUCCCGUCCCUUUCUCUCCCCCUGUCUUUCCUGUCCCUUUCUUUCCCGUCCCUUUUCUCCCCUUUCUUUCCCAUCCCUUUCUCUCCCCCUUUCUUUCCCGUCCUUUUCUCUCCCCUUUCUUUCCCGUCCUUUUCUCUCCCCUUUCUUUCCCGUCCCUUUCUCUCCCCUUUCUUUCCCGUCCCUUUUUCCCCCCUUUCUUUCCCGUCCCUUUCUCUCCCCCUUUCUUUCCCGUCCCUUUCUCUCCCCCUUUCUUUCCCCUUUCUUUCCCGUCCCUUUCUCUCCCAUCUUUUUUUCUCCCUCUUUCUUUUUACCCCUCUUCUAUUUGCAUUUUUCUUUCACCUUCAAUCCCUUCCUCUCUCUUUCUCCUGUUUUUUCUCUCUUCCAUAUUUUGUCCUGUAGUAGAGCAUCACCAUGAUUUUACGUUACUUUUACCAUCUCUAAGUCUCCAAACGCACAAAGAAAAUAUUCUGUAUUAG